CGUACCUGAUGGAGGGUUUUGGGCCAGUGCUGGCAUACCUAUAUUCCUGGAGCACGAUCAUCGUUUUAAAGCCUUCGUCAUUUGCCAUCAUCGCCCUGAGUUGUGCCGAAUACGCCUCCACACCGUUUUACCCAGAGUGCACUCCUCCUCAAGUGGUCACCAAGUGCCUGGCUGCAGCUUGUAUCUUAAUAAUUACAGUCGUCAACUGUCUGAGUGUGAAGCUGGCGUACAGAGUGCAGAACUUUUUCACAGCAGCCAAACUCUUGAUUAUUGUCAUCAUUGUGGUUUCAGGCAUCGUUCUGCUGGCUCAAGGCAAUACACAGAAUCUUAGAGACCCAUUUGCAGGGGCAACAACAUCAUUUGGAGCAAUUGGCCUUGCGUUUUACAAUGGACUAUGGGCUUAUGAUGGAUGGUAAAGUAUUGAUGAGCUCAUAUAAUGUUGCACAUGUGGCAUAUGAGGCUAAUG